UUCAGCAGAUCACGAAAAUACACAGAGCUGCGCGUUUGUGUGACGUCAUCGACAGAGGACGAGUGGCUGUCUGCAUUUACAUGAGAUUGCCUACGCAAACCAAUCUGUGAUAACGAAGUAUCGCGAGAUACAUGCGAGCACACGAAACGAGACUGUGUGGUAGAAAAAAGGGACUCUGCUCGCUGGCAUGGCUCUGGAAGUUUUCCACAAGGAUGAAACUCUGGAAAUGCGCAGGAAGUUGAUCGGGCAGUCCUGCAGACUGUUUUUCUCGCAGGACCCCGUGAAAAUAAUACGAGCACGGGGUCAGUAUUUAUAUGACGAGAAGGGCGUGCAGUACCUGGAUUGCAUUAGUAACGUUCAACAUGUUGGUCACUGUCAUCCCAGCAUCACUAAGGCUGCUGCUGCCCAGAUGGAUCUUCUUAAUGCAAACACUAGAUUCCUCCAUGAUAAUAUAGUGCAAUAUGCAAAUCGGCUGGCAGCCACUCUUCCAAAAAAGCUUUGUGUCUUCUAUUUUGUUAACUCAGGUUCAGAAGCUAAUGAUCUUGCAUUGCGUCUGGCCCGUCAGUAUACCCAACAUCAGGACGUCAUAGUGCUGGAUCAUGCGUAUCAUGGACAUGUCACAUCGCUCAUUGACAUCAGCCCAUACAAGUUCCGGAAGUUAGAGGGCCAAAAAGAGUGGGUUCAUGUGGCACCACUACCUGACACUUACCACGGUAUCUACCGGGAGGAUCAUCCCAACCCGGGACAAGCUUACGCAGACGCAUUGAAAAGCAUUAUUGAAGAGGCGCACAAGAAAGGCCGCAAGAUUUCGGCAUUUUUUGCUGAGUCUUUACCAAGUGUUGGUGGCCAGAUCAUUUUUCCAUCUGGUUAUUGUAAAAGAGUAGCAGAAUAUGUUCAUGAAGCGGGGGGAGUUUACGUAGCAGAUGAGGUUCAGACAGGCUUUGGUCGUGUUGGGAGUCAUUUCUGGGCUUUUCAGCUCCAAGGUGAAGACUUUUGCCCGGACAUUGUGACUAUGGGCAAACCAAUGGGCAAUGGUCACCCGCUUUCAUGUGUGGCCACUACAGAGGAGAUAGCUGGUGCCUUUACAGCCAAUGGCGUGGAGUACUUCAACACAUUUGGUGGCAACCCAGUGUCCUGUGCCAUUGGUUUGGCAGUUUUAGAUGUAAUAGAACACGAGGACCUGAGAGGAAAUGCUCUUCGUGUUGGAGAUUACCUGAGACAUCUGCUUAGUCAACUUCAGACUAAACAUUUGAUCAUCGGAGAUGUGCGUGGUGUAGGACUGUUUAUAGGUAUGGAGCUGGUUAAAGACAGAGUUUCCAGACAACCAGCAACAGAAGAAGCAGCACAGCUUGUUGGAAGGCUGAAAGAAGAACAUGUAGUUAUGAGCACUGAUGGGCCAUGGGAUAGUGUCAUCAAAUUCAAACCUCCCAUGUGCUUCAGUAUGGAGGAUGCAGACAGAGUCACCAUGUGCAUUGACCAAAUUCUCACAGAACUGGACAGCAAAUAGACGACUGGAAAAUGUUUAACAUUUAAACCCCAUGACAAUACAGUACAUAUUUAACAUUAUACAUAUAAGAUCUAACUAUGCAUUAACUGAAAUAAAUAAUAUUUCAUGUGGUUUUCAUUUGUGAACAUAAACCUGUUUCAUAAAACUGAAAAUUUCAGAGAAUUUCAGUUAAUCGCUGGACUCUGAAAUCUCACCUACAAAUUUACUUGACAAAUAGUAAUACAUAUAAUAACUAAUAAUUAAAUGUUAAUUCAUAUUUUACAGUGAUGUACAAAGAUAUGUGGCACUUUUUGUACACUUUUGUUUAACAUCUAUAUGCAUGCAUUACUUGCAUUACAUGCAAUGCUCCACGAAUAAAGCUACUUGAACUGUU